AUGAAUAAUUCUUAUUGAUUAAUUUUAUCUAAUUUUAAUAUGCAAUUUUUUACAGGGGAAUUUGUGAUCCUUUGCAUCUUAAUUUUUAUCACAACAAGGCUUCGUCGAAGAUUAUCCACAGAAAAGCUGCUAAAAGGUCUCAUGAUAUAUAUCCCUCCUGAUGAGAAGCUAAUUCAAAAUGCUCAAAAGCAUCCAGAAAAAUUCUAUCUGAAUUGUGUAAGAAUCGACGAUGAAUUUUCAAGAGCUUCUCCUUUUUUCGCAGACGCUGACUUAUUAGUGCUCAUGGCAACAAUAGCAGGCACUUUAAUUGCUGUAUGCAGUAUAUUUACUGAAGACUUUUAUAUAUCAAUGGAACAAAAUUUAAGCUUUUACAUGUGUUUGCUAGUUGUUUUUAUAGCAAUUAGUGGAGCUUAUUCACAAGCAAUGGCAUCAGGCUUUAAAAACCCAGACAACAUGAUUGGCUUAUUUUUUACUUUAUUGAUCUUCUUUAUGGGCUCUCUAUUAAUCUACCUUGAUCAUCAAGCAGUUUUUGAUUUCAAUUUUCACUUGACCUUGAAGCUGCUCUCCUUGCAGCUUACAGCAGCUUUUCAAGUAUUUUGGCCUGCCUCAAUAGAAAUUGAUCAGUUGACUUUCAGUAUAACACUGGCAGGUAUUUUUGCUAUAUGCAUUUUCCCUUUCUUCAAGUACAUUUUUAGAGCGACAAUGAAUUACUACUCAACGAGAGAAACUCCUUUUGAUGUUAAAGGUGUCAAAGAAAAUCGAGUCCAGUACACACUUGUUAUCAUUUCUCCUCUAAUUGUGAUGAUUAUGUGGAUCAAGCCAAUGCUGAAAAAUCAUCUUGUCCCUAAUCUCAUGUCUGAAUGGGGAUACGAAAUAUUCAGAAUAGCAGUUGUCGUCGGAGUUAUUUUAUUGAGACUAUUUAACAUCCGAAAUGAAGUCCAAGCUUUACUUAAUCAAUCCAAGCACUUAAUAUACGGCAUCCUUCUCAAUCCUACCAAAGAAAACGUAGAAACCUCAACUAUGCAGGCUAAAGCUUUGGCCACUUAUGCGUGGCCAUUGGGACAUCAGAGCCUCUGCAAUAUAUGUGUCACUUUAUUUGUCUUAAUCCUAAUGAUUUCUCGAGGCUCAUUAUCAGCACCCUAUCCAGUCCCAAUUGAGCAUAAAAAUGAAAUAAUCAAUAAAACCCCUGAAUUUUAUGACGAAGAAGAAUUCAUUAUAAAAGAUAUCCCAGCGUACCCUAUUAUAACACCUUCAAGAACGACAGUUUAUUAUAAUGAAAUUAGACAAAUGGAAAAAGAAAUAGCUGAUUUAAGGCAAAACAGGACAACUCUUCAAGAAGCGGCCAAGGAUGAAAAAAAUUUCGUACAAAAGCUGUUAAGCGUCAAUAAGAAAGGACUAGUGCCAGCAUUUUUUUAUAGAGAUUUGUUUGGAUUCAUUAUAUGGUGGCAAUCAGUGACAUGGAGUUUGGCAACAAUCAUGUCUUUGCUGUAUACAAGAAGAUUUACAAAUAAGGCUAAAAAGGAAUAA